AUGCUUUCACGAGCACUUGCACCCGCAAAACGCUGCUUCUCGACAAGUCCGGCACUACUCAGGAUUGUGCCUGGUAGUUUAGUGGAACAAGAAUGCGGAUAUCCAAUCAAAGGCAAGAAAACCGUACUCAGCGAUAUCAAAAAUGCCUUCAACGGUAUCAGAUCA